UCAACGUGAUUAUGAAAGCUGAAACAUGUGCAAGUGUAAAUGCUCCAUUAAUGAUUGGAAACACCUUUAAUAAAGCAGUAUACCUUUGUGCUCCAAUAAAUGAAAAACAGAAAUCCUCAGAGAUGGCAGCGGAACGGAGAGAAAAACAAAAAAAUUUUAGGCUGCAAUUCUUGAAAACUCACAAAACCAACAUGAAGAAAAAAGCCAAAUAUAUUUUUGAGUACAAGAAAGAAAAUGAAGUACAUCUCAAGGCUGUUUACACAGAACUGUUCAUCACAGAGGGAGAUAUGAAAGAUGUCAAUCGCGAACAUGAGAUUCAACAGAUUGAUGAUACUCUAAAGACCCAGAACUCACAGGACAAACCAAUUAACUGCAAUGACAUAUUUACAUUAUUAAGGGAAAACAAUGAGGAAAAGAUUGUGCUGACCAAGGGCAUUGCUGGCAUUGGAAAAACAGUGUCUGUGCACAAGUUAAUCCUGGACUGGGCAGAAGAAGAAGCCAAUCAGGAAAUAGAUUGUGUGUUCCUGCUUCCAUUCCGAGAUAUAAACUUAAUGAAAAAUAAAGAUGUCAGUCUCCAUGAAUUUCUGGUGAAAUUUUAUCCUGAACUGAAGGACUUGGACGAAGCAAUGCUAUAUAAGGAAUGUAAGCUUGCAUUUAUAUUUGAUGGACUUGAUGAGAGUCGCCUGCUUCUAAAUUUUGAAAGUAGUUCUCUGAACACUGUUGAUGAAAGAGCAUCUGUAGAUGUACUGUUUACAAGUCUGGUCAAAGGGACAUUGCUUCCAUCAGCUCUCAUCUGGGUGACCUCACGACCAGCAGCGGCCAAUCUGAUCCUUCCAGAGUAUGUAGGUUUGUACACAGAGGUGCGAGGAUUCAAUGACAAACAGAAGGAGGAGUACUUUAGAAAGAGAAUCACAGAUGAGAGUCUGGCCUCCAUAAUCAUCUCACACAUUAAGAAAUCUCGUAGUCUCUACAUAAUGUGCCACAUUCCUGUGUUCUGCUGGAUCACAGCCAUAGUACUUCAGAAUAUUCUCAAGAAAAAUACAGAGAACAUCAGCACAACACUCACUGAAAUGUACAUUCACUUCCUGCUGAUACAGAUGAAAAUAAAGAACCGGAAGUACGACGAACAAGACGAAAGACAACGUACAAAGCUCUUAGGUUCAAAUAAAGAAAUGCUUUUAAAAUUAGCCAAAUUAGCAUUUGAACAGUUGAAGGAGAAAAACGUUGUUUUCUAUGAGGAAGAUCUGGAAAAAUGUGAUAUUAAAGUGAAUGUUACCACUGAGUUUACAGGAAUGAUUGCUGAGAUCUUUAAGGAGGAAGAUGGACUUCAUGAGACAAAGGUCUUCUGCUUUGUGCAUCUGAGUGUUCAAGAGUUCCUCGCUGCAGUGCAUGUGUUCAUCUGCUACCUGAACAAGAACAUGCAGGAGCUUCAGUUUUUCUUUGAUGAGCCAAAAGAAAAUAUCACAUUGCAGGAGAUACUGCAGGAGGCUGUUGUUAAAGCUAUAAAGAGUGGGAAAGGACAUCUGGACCUGUUCCUGCGGUUUCUGAUGGGCAUUUCACUGAAAUCUAGUCAAAACCUGCUCAAAGGCUUGUUCACACACCCUGAAGCCUCAACAGAAAGCAUCACACAAACAGCUGAAUACAUUAAACUAGUACAAAAUGAAUACAAUAUCUCAGAUGAAACUUCAGUCAAUCUAUUUUACUGUUUACUUGAGCUCAAAGAUCAUUCAUUAUAUGAAGAAAUUCUGAGUUACCUGAGUUCAGAUAAACAUCCAGGAAGAAAACUCUCAUCUUCAAUGUGCACAGUGCUAACCUCAGUACUGCUCAUGUCAGAGAAGGUGCUGGAUGAGUUCAACCCAAAACAAUUCACAUCAUCACAAACAGACUACAAUAGACUCAUUCCUGCGAUGAGAUGCUGCAGAAAAGCACUAUUUGACAACUGUGGUCUUGAUGAAGCAUGCUGUGGAACUGUAUCUUCUGCUUUACAAGCAUCAAAUUCCCAUCUGGCAGAGCUGGACCUGAGUAGCAAUAACCUAGGAGAUUCGGGAGUGAAGCUGCUUGGACUGGAGAGAUUAAACUGUCAACUAAAAAUACUUAG